UCUCUACCCACGUGGUACAAUAUGGACUAUCAACAAUGGCGGACAAUACACAGGCAGCAAUUGGCCGCUAUACCGGAGAGACAUCACGAGGCAUUAUUCAGAAAGCUGUGCACAGAGACUUUUGAUGCCGGAGAGCAUUUUAUAAUGUGCCCAUCAUCUAGUGGGUGGAGCAUUAAAGUUAGUAAUGAAGAAGGUCUCAAAAUAGACGAUAACAGUAUAUUUAUUAUUGAUCAUUCGUGGACGUAUCUUCCUGAUAACUGUCACCAGCAACUAGCAAGUAUUCCGGGACUAGCUACUCGAAUGGCUAAUCUUUUAGAUCUCAUCGAAGAGCCAACCACUCCUACUCAAGCCACACCAAGUCACAGCAAUGGAGAAGAAGAGGAUGGGGAGGGAUUGAAUGGAGUCAAUAAUACUGAAAGUGAUAGUGAUGAUGGUGAUGAUGAUGAUCCUGAUGCUGUAGCAGUUCAGACAUCAUCAGCAGCUGUUGAUGAAGAGGAGAGAGAAAGCGAGGAAGAAGAAGAAGGAGAGAGAGAAGACACAGAGGAAGAGGAACCACCAUCAGAAGAAUUAAUAGAAAAUAUAGUGCGUAAAUUAUGGAGAUUUAAUGAUUGUUACACCAUUGCUAAUAUGCCAGUGCCUAUUUGGUACGUAAUGGAAGAUUAUGCUGCUAGAAUACAGCACUCUCUGGAUCCUAAUGUAACCAUUGUACCAUUCUUUAGCAUAUUAACUCAGAUGUCAUACUCAAUACUAUGGCCAUUGCGGGACCUAAGUUAUGGAGAUACCAUCUCAAGGAACAGAGUCCCAUCAAGAGCUACUUCAGAAUUAGAAAAACAAUGUCACUCUCUCCCGUGGUUACCUCCCCAGUCUCUCCCUUUAUCUGAUCCUCUAUGGGAUGAGCUUGAUUCACUACCACUUGCACCUAAUCCUGAAAGACCUUUAGAAGAUCUGCCAGAUGUAACGCUAGAGUUCACUUCUGUCUUGUCUCCUCCAUUUAAAGUCUAUACAGAUAUGGACAUGAUAAAAAAGAAUUUGUCUCAUCCGUUAUUUGAGCUUGUUAGUGAUCCAGAGAAAGCAGAUAUCCUGUGGUUUUUCGAUCAUUAUAAAGAUUUUAAGUCAUUAAAGCCCAAUCAGUUAAUCAAUCAGUUUCCAUGUGAAAAUGUACUAACGUGUAAAGAUUUGUUAAUUAGCGUAGCCCGUCGGGCAUCAAAGAACCAUGCCCAAGACCCCUCUUCCUUACCCGAUUGGAUACCAGAGUCUUAUAUUACGUAUUACGAGCUACCCUACUUUGUAAAGGAAUACAAGAGAAGAGAAGAAAAUGGUGAAGAUAAUUCAUGGAUUGUGAAACCGUGGAAUUUAGGUCGAUCCAUGGACAUAUUUGUCACGUCUAAUCUUUCCCAGAUAAUAAGAUUGUCCCAAGCCUCACCCAAAGUAGUUUGUAAGUAUGUUAAUAAUCCUGUCCUAUUCAACAGGGAAGGGAUUGGGAAGGUUAAGAUGGAUGUGAGGUACAUUGUGUUGCUAGUUUCGGUGAAGCCAUUAGUGAUCUACGCUUACAAUACUUUCUGGCUAAGAUUUGCCAACAAGCCUUUCCAAAUGAGUUCCUUCCACGAUUACGAGACUCAUUUUACAGUCAUGAAUUAUAAAGAUGACUCUCCAUUGAAGCACAUAGAGUCAGUCGAUUUCAUACCUUUAUUCCAUGAGCAGUAUCCUGACCAGUCCUGGUCUAAUGUACAAGAUGAUAUAUAUAACUUGAUAUAUGAAUUAUUUACUGCAGCUGCCUCUGAAGAACCACCUGCUGGUAUCAAGCACUACCCCCAGUCACGUGCUAUGUAUGCCAUUGAUUUAUUAUUAGAAUGGAGUUCACCUGAUGAUGGAUGCGGUUGUCAGCACAUUCAACCAAAGAUAUGCGAAGUUAAUUUUUGUCCUGAUUGUAACAGGGCCAUUCAAUAUCACCCUUCAUUUGUUAACGAUAUAUUUGAGACUUUAUUUAUACCGCAAGCAAGACACAGCGAAGAAUUACCAGUUACUAAAAUAACACAGAAAAAAUAACGACACAAACUUCUAAAUUUAUCAUUAUUAGUAAUAAUUAUUUUUGUAAUUAGAAUUUUCCCACAAACACUAGCGAUACA